AUGCCUCCACUCCGCAAGCAGCACGCCUACACCAUUGAUCGAAAGCGCGAGUACUUCGUCCUCUUCGACGCAUUCGGUGGCAGUGCUCGUACGUUUUGCGCGCUGCAUGGACUUCCACGGGAAACCUGGAAGUCGUGGACGAAGCAGCGCGCGAAUAUUAUGAGCACACGCCGCAACGCCAAGCGCAAGACCCUAGGUGGCCAGGGUGCAAAGAGCAUCAUACCCUUCGAGCGCGACCUCUUGACCUUCAUGAAGGACGUGCGGCGCGACGCGGCGCGACGAGCACAUACUGACCUCGAUGCACAUGAUCAACUUCAUGAAGACACACUACCAGGAGUGGCUGACUGGCUACAUGGCGAACAAGGUCGAUCCAUACAAGUCACUCCUCGGCUUGUGUCAGUCGUUUGCCCACCGCCACAGGUUCUCCCAGCGUGUCCCUUGCCACACGAAGCUGCCCAAUGCCGAGAUGGUCCAGAUCCGAAACGACUUUGCGGCAACGUUCUGGGGCAAGGAGUGCUCGACGACAUCGGCCUUCAUCUGACGCUGGAGCCGUAUCCUUUUCGACCAAAGGAAGACCCCACGGUCAUUCAUGGGGAGGUUCAAUUCAUCGAGGACGCCCUCCAUCUUGGCGGAGAUCCACUGUUCCUUUCUCAAAUUCCCGUCCAAGAUGCGAUUCAAGCGCGGCCUCCAUGCCGAAUCCCUGUGAAUUCCGUCGGACGGCAAUUGUACGAAGUAUUUGAGGAAGGUGGUCACACACGGGUGCAAGUUCCUGGGAAAACGAAGACGUGCUCGCACCGCCGAGCAAAGUUGACACCCCACAACUACAAGAACCUUCCUUGUUGUUUGAAGGGCAAGGUCAAGAUGGAUCCUUACGUUUACCCCGACUCGCCAGAAAUGCAAGCGUUCAAAGAUCUCUUCAAGCAGCGUAACUUCAUCGAGCACAUCCGUCAGUACAACGCUCAGUUCAACUUCACUUCCAUUGGAACAAACGAGGUCAGGCACAGCGGCAGCGGCCCCAAGACGUAUUGUAUUCAAGGCCAGCUGACCCACAACAUUGGUCUGUUGCAGCCCAGCCUGAACAGAAGUGGCAACCUGCGACAACCAAGUUUUGCCCAAAUCUUCAUGAACACCAGCGAGGAGCAACUUCAACACCGACGAAACAUGUUUCCGGCGUUCAGUUCGCGAACGUUUGCGUUGAGCGGAAGCGCUCAAACACACAACUUGCCUACCGUGGCUCAGCUUGCGGUAAUCAUGGAGGGAGGCGGCAGCGAACCCACAGAAGGCCGUCAUGUCGUUCUGCAAAGUCUGAACUCGAACCGGUUCACAACCAUUCGAGAAACGAAUCCACUUCACGACGCGUUGCAGUUUCCCCUCCUGUUUCCAAUGGGAGGUUCUGGAUGGGAGUACACCAUGACGAAGACCGACGGGAAAGCAUUGUCUCUCCGUGCGUUCUUCAACUACUGGCUUCAAGAACGAGACGGCGGCGACUUCUCCGACAUGCUGCACCGAUCCUCCAUGUUGUUCAAGAUGCUGCGCUACAUUUCGCAGAACAGAGACAAGUUGCGAUUCGAUUUGUACGCAAGCGUAAAGGAGGCCGCCGAGAGACGCUCAGGGCUCCACAACGUCGGCAUCAAGUCCAUCGUGCCUUCAAGCUUUACUGGCGGCAAGCGUUGCAUGAAGAAAUGUUACUUCAACGCCAUGGCAAUUGCGCGCGCAACUGAACGCGAUGAUAUUGUCACAUGCGUGUUUCAGUCGAAGCUAACGUAUUUCGAGGAUGACAUCCACAAGAAACACGUCCUUGGCAAGGUUGUCGCAUCCGUGCGUGUUGAAGAGUUUCAAAAGCGUGGCUUGCCGCAUGUGCACAUGCUCCUCAUCAUGGAAGACCAAGACAAGUUUAGGACCGUCGAUGACAUCAACUAUGUGGUAUCCGCGCGCAUCCCAGACGAGAUCAAGAACCCCCAGCUACACGAGUUAGUGAAGAACUUCAUGACCCAUACGUGCACGCAUGUGCAAUACGACGACAAUGGACAGCCUAUUCCAAGUGCGAGGGCUUGCACUGACAAGACUGGCAAGUGCAAGAAAGGCUUUCCGCAGCCCCUGCAAGCUACCACAACUGAGGGGGUCGAUGGAUAUGCCAAGUACCGUCGCGACACGGCGGCAGACCAGUACUGUGUGCCACACAACCCGUACUUGGUGCACAAGUACAACUGCCACAUCAACGUCGAGGUGUACAAGGGCAGCGAUCGGAUUACGUACGCUGUCUUCACCGACCAGGAACGCCAGCCCAUGCUUGACAAAGCACGGGAGUACGUUGAAGGACGCUACGGGAGCUCCCUCGAAGCUAUCACACGCAUCCGCUGCUACGACCUGCAAGGGAUGUCCCACGCUGUCGAAGUAUUGCCCGUGCUCGAGAAAGAUCAACAGCAUUGCACCUACGACGAAACCCACGACGCAGAAUCGGUCGUUGCCCGGAACCAAAAGACCAAAUUGAUAUCCUUAUUCCUCGCUUGCGCGCAAGGCUUGACCGGGAGCGACGGCGUUCCUGCAAGGAACUGCCUGUACUUGGACUUCCCGCAGUACUUCCGAUUUGACCAAAAGACCAAGUUGUGGGUUGGACGCAAGAACCACAUCAAGGUCAUUGGCCGCAUUGAUUCGGUCAGUCCGCGUCAAAAGAAGCGGUUCUACAUUCGAACCCUGCUUUGCCAUAAGUAUGGACCAACUUCCUUCGAAGAUCUGCGCACAGUUCACGGAACUCUGUAUCCAACGUACGAAGAAGCUGCACUGUCCAUGGGUCUGUUGGAAAACGACGAAGAGUAUGUGACGGACAGCUGCACGAACUGUUUGCCAACCUUAAUCUUGGUGCAUUGCCUGCCAGCGAACACGCGAGCUCUGUUUGACCAAUUCAAAGCAGAUUUCAUGGACAAGCGGCUUCGGGUCCUGCGCCGCUGCAACGAAGCACUCCCACAGCCACUCAGUGAAGACAUGAUGCUUGGCAAGGCGAUCCUUUUGGACUACCAGACGUUACCUCAACUCCACGAAUUCAAAAUAUUCCGAGACUUGGGCGAACGGCAACUACUGGACGAUCCAAGAAGUCGGCUUUAUGUCAUUGAAACGUCGUACACGCGUGCAGCCCUCAACGACGUGUUGGCCACUGCUGCGACCAUGACUGACGAGCACAGGUCCUUUGUGGCCACCGUUUUGGCCCAAAUAUACGAGCACGCAUCAGGCAAUGCGUACUUCCUCCAAGGCGAAGGAUGCUCAGGAAAGUCGUACGUCUCUCAAAUCCUGUUGGCAAAAGUGCGCGACAAAGGGGACAUCGCGCUUGUUGUGGCAUCGUCUGGGCUGGCAGCUUUGCUGCUUAUGGGCGGCACAACGGCACAUUCGCGAUUCAAAAUCCCCGUUACCACCCUCAACGACAAGUCCCUAUGCCACAUUCCGAAGCAGUCGUCAUUGGCAAAGAUCAUUCGAGACACCAAGCUCAUUGUAUGGGACGAGGUCUCAAUGAUCCACAAGCAUGCCUUGGAGGCCGUCGACUGUUCCAUUCGCGACAUCAGGGACAAUCCCACAGCCCUGUUUGGCGGCAAGCUGACAAAGAACAUGCGGCUGCGUGGUGGAUCAGACGACGCAAGUAUCGAGGAAUGGGCCAAGACGUUGGCUGACAUUGGAAACGGAACAUAUCCAGAACAAGAGAUCUACGGCUCUCCCAUGAUCCGACUGCCGGAUGCAAUUGCCAGGAACUGGGAAACCGAUCAAGACCUGAACGCGUACAUCGACCAAAUCUAUGGCGACAUCAAUAACCCGGCCAACCCCCCGGAGUACAUGUCUGAACGAGCGAUUUGGGCACCCAAGAACGUCGGGGUCGAUAAAUACAACGCCAAAGUGCUGCGCAAGAUGAACAGUUCUGUCAUGUUCACUUGCCUCUCAGCCGAUUCAGUCGAGCAAGAAGGCGAGGAUGUUGACGACACGGCCAUAGAAUUUCCCUCCGAGUUCCUGAAUUCCAUCAACAUAUCCGGCUUGCCACCGCACAAGCUCGAGUUCAAGGUGGGAUGUCCAGUCAUGCUUUUGCGCAACAUUUGCCCCUCCCAGGGCCUAUGCAACGGGACAAGAUUGCGGGUCGUCAAAGUGUCAACUAAGUGCAUCGAGGCAACUAUCAUGGGCGGUGCAUUUGACAACAAGCGAGUCUUCGUACCGCGCAUCACCUUGGUCGACAAGGGCAGCCAAACCAACCUCCCUUUCAAGUUGAAGCGACGCCAGUUUCCAGUGAAGUUGUUGGCAUUUGCUAUGACCAUCAACAAGUCUCAGGGCCAAACGUUAAGUCGCGUGGGACUUAUCUUGCCAAGCCCAGUGUUCUCUCAUGGACAACUGUAUGUUGCACUGUCUCGAGCCAAAAGUUAG